AUAUACAAUGUUGGGUUUUAUUUUUCCUUUCAUAUACAUAUCACACCAUAAAGUAAUGUCAUGUGUAAAAUUACUCAAUUUGACUUUUAACCCCACAGAAACAGAAUUAGGUUAGACACUAACUGCAUCAUGGGAGAAGAAGUGGAGAUGGUUGAGGAGUAUAAUAAUAAUAAUAAUAAUAAUAAUACAUGUUAUUUAUAUAGUACUUUUCUAAAAACUCACACUUUGCAGGAUUCAGGGAAAAUUACAAACAGUACUUCAGUACAUCAAACAAAAUCAUAAAAGGUAACAGAAAAACUUAAAUACAUAGCACUGGACAACAACAGAGUGUCUUCAGGUGGAGACUUAGAUUUGCUGUAAUACAGACUGCUACAGAAGACCUUAUAAACAGCUAUUAGCAUCAACCCUUUGAAGAACCUUGGGGGAUAUGAGUUACAACAACAUUUAUCUUCCAUUUGGGACUAAUAAACUAUUUUGGAAUGGAAUUGAAUUAUCUUUAAAAUAUUUUUGAAAUAAAGCAAGAGUUUUUGCAGCCAAGUAACUAUGGUUGCCUAGAAACAAGUGAAGAACAAGGGAAACAAUUUAAAGAAAUACAAAAUGAGAGUAGUGAUUUGCAUUCUUGCAGCUCAAAGAGGUUAAACUUUUUGGAUUUUAUUGUUUAUUUUUCAUAGACUCAAACAGUACUUUCUUUAAUAUUUUACAAAUUACCAACAAAAGAUUACAACAUCAGAGAUUUACACCCAUUGGAUGUUGGAUGCCUAUGCAUAACUUGGUAUUGUAUUGCACUAUUAUUAUUAUUAUUAUUAGUAGUAGUAGUAGUAGUAUCAGUUGCACAAAUGAAGUAUGAAGGGUUUGAGAUUAUUGAGAAAUGAUUUUAACUUUGAUAUGAAAAAUUUCAAUACACUUACAUGACACUUUUAAAGUUUACAAUGUGGAUUCAUUUAUAAUUCAAUUGACUAGAUUGUUUUCACUUCCCAGAGUGCCUUGCAUUAGCUUCUUUGUAAUGCAGGCAUGGGAAACGUUUUCUUACAUUUUCCUCAGGAUGAGUACACUUAUUUAUUCUCAGAUUUCUGCAGAGCUUUACAAGCAGAAAGAUUUAGAGCAGAAUCACAUCUCAGACUUGAAGAACACCACCCCCUGAAGACCGAGUCAUUUUGAGGUAGUGACUCCAGGACAGGAGAGCAAAUCAUCCAAGGUUCAGCAUAGAGGGUGUUAUCUUAGCUCUCUAAGAUGACAGAACCAACAAGACAUCAAUCUCAGAAAUUUCACAUUUACGAUAAAAGGCAGACUGGAAACAAGGUUUUUGCCUAUGAAGAGGAUGAGCACUUCCUUGUUCAUGGGUUCUAUCACUUCAAGCAUUUCCCCUGUGACAGCCCAGUACGUUUCAUGAUACACUCCCCUGCAAUUCAUGCCUUUAUCAGCCUCCACGCAGACAACAAAGUAAGCCUUUUCAGACCUAAAUGCUAUAGGGAGACCAUCUGGAGAAGAAUGCCCUUUUUGGGCCUGACUCCUACAAAGGUCCUGGGAUGGAUAAUAGGCUGGGGCCCCGGGCCCAUCUUCACUCUCCUGGACAAUGAAUUGCGGCAUUUGGAUACUGCGGACAACGCUCUUGAUAUUCGACUGUGUGAGGCGGCAGAGCAUUCCUGGGAGCUGGUUACUGUAGGCUUUGGGAACGUGUGUGUGUGGUCGGUGUUGCUCAUGAGGUGCAGAGUGAAGAUACAGGAAGGGCUGCAGCAGAGAGCUUUCACUCACAUGGCAUUGGCUCCUCCACAGAAGAAGAGGCCUCACCGUGCCUUUGUUGCAUGUGGAAUGGAGGUUACUGUGAUCAACCUCGAUGAUGGGGUGGUUCUGGAUCACCAGGAGGAACUCUGUCCAAGUGAAAUCACCGCAAUGUUGUUCUGCACCCAACUUGACUGUUUGAUCACCGGUUUCCAAGAUUAUGCCAUCACAGUCUGGGGUCUUGACUGGGUUCCACGUGUGACUUUUUUUGGACACGAUGGUGUGGUGAAUUCGCUGUACUAUUGCUCCAAAACAAACCUGCUAGUCUCAUGCUCUGCAGACUGCACCAUCCGUAGCUGGGAUGUAAAAAAGAACUUGGCAAUCGAUUGUUUCCACACAGACCAGAACAACCCUCCACUGUGUUUGGUUGGCAAAAAGAACGAACACCCAUUUUUCUCUUUUUCUGACAAAGGUGUGGAUCUUUGGUUUGUAACAGCUUGGUACACCCUCCACACAAAGAUCAAAGGGGAUGAAGACAUCACAUUGAAACAAAUCGUAGUCUCACAUUUGCCUCCUUGCUACCCAACCCGAGUGACUUGUGUCAGUGAAGAUGAUCAUAUCUAUCUGGUUUCUGCUGGAACAGAAGAAAUGCUGACUUCCUUUAAGGCAGGAAAGACGGUAUUAUGUGCUGCCUACUGCCUUCAAAAAGAGCUUUUGUUUGUCUUGACUCAGGGUGGUACCUUAUUGCAAGUCAACUCACUCGCUAAUCCAGCCACUUUGAUACAAGAAUGGGAAGGCAGAGGCCGGGGUCCCUGGCCAAUAUCAGACACUCUAAGUAAAAAGGAUGUCCAAAAUCUGCCGGAGCCUGGCCCUGCCUGUUGCAUGGUGACUUACAGCUACUUGGGAGACCCUAAGAAGGCUUUAGAGAAGUGGAAAAGUUUAAAAAAUGGAAGAGGCAGCAGUCAGAGGGACAGCAAACAUAUUGAUCAUUUCAAGAAUAAAUUUUGGGUUAUCAUUGGCCAAAGUGGUGGCUGUGUGAGUGUCCUCGCAAUGGAUGAUGGGACGCUCCUGUACAGAACCCCCGCACACAAGGGCAAGGAUGUCACAGCAGUGAAGGCCUACUCGAAGAACAACUACCUCCUCUCCUCGGGUGAGGACUUCACGGUGGUGGUGUGGAGAAUUCACCCCGAUGCUGCAACGUGUCUCAGCCAUUGGCAGACGGUGAUAUGUUAUGAGCCUCAGGUCUACCUGGCGGCCCUGGAGCUGCAGGUGGCCCUGGCGUUUCAAGAGCCUAACAGCAAGUCCUACAGCCUACAACUCUACCAUGUGGAAAACCUGAAACGAGCAGAAUGUCAGCAAAAAAAUGCACAUAUAGAUUCCCUCACAGGAGUGUGUGCAAUUCCUGAAAUAAAGGCAUUUGCUUCCUGCAGUCUGGAUAAGACAGUUCGCAUCUGGAAUGAGAAGAAUAAGCUCAUCUGGGUGCAACAGCUUGUGGCAGCACCUCAGUGUAUGGAAUACAGUGGAAACGGGGAGCUAUUUCUGGGCAUGAAUGGGGACCUGUACAGGCUAGAGUUUGCACAGUUUCUACCAAAGAAAUACCAACGAAUGCUUCGCUGCUACUAUUUUGAAAAUGUCCUUUCUGAGCUGCCUACUUCUGAGGUUGAAAAAACACGCGACAAAGCAGACAUGUCAAUUAGUGAGGCAGAAAGAUUAAAGGAAGCUAUCAGCAGCAAUGAGGUAAUGAACAUAUACCUGCAGCAGGAAAAGAGGGCUUCAGUGAUCAUAGACAUGGACCUGAAGGCUCUAAUAAAGGGAGACGUAAUUUGCACACAAAAGAAAACUCACAGUACUAAACAAACCAAGAAAGAGGCCUUUGACCAUUACAUGCAUGAGUUAUAUGGAUUGUCACCUUGUGAGCAGAUUGGUGUAGAAGAAGAAGAUUUUGAUGAUAUUAUAAUGAAGUCCAAAGCACGUAUAAUGCGAACCAUUUACGUUCCAAAGCCAAAACAAUCUCUCAGUCCUGUGGCCACUGAAGUGCCUGCAGAAAAACAGAUUGUGAAGACAAAGGUGACCAAAAAGGCUCCAGUGUUGAAAGCUCUACUUUCAAAACAAGUCAAAAUGGAAAAGGGUAGAAAGCUCUCCGGUUCAGUGGAGUCAGCCCAGUUGGACUGGUGGAGUCAACCGAGAUCCCAAUCUCUUCUUCCUAUCCCAAUACCAGCUCACCUCCAGAAACUCUCCCAGCAUACUCCAUCAUUCCUCAGUCAGUUUUCAAGUAUGGAAUGGUUUUCUGAUCUGUAUCCUGACAAAAAGAGUAUCACAAGCGGCAUUUCUCCUGAGGACGUCUUCCAGCAGCUACUAAGAUACGUGCAAAACUCUGACGGCAAAGUAAACUCCAAGGUCCUUGGAGCAGUUCGUGCAGCGCAAACUCUGCAAAGCCAGAACGUCUUUGAUGUCACAGAUAAACAAUACGCAAACCUCACCGACACUUGGGAAAAAUUCAUACAGCCAUCAAUGUCAAAUCAAGCACGCGAUGUGGUUGUUGAGAUGUUAAAUUUGCUGGUGGAUUUGAAAUCGGAAAUCACUGUCGAUGUUACAAAAAACCUUAUAACUCUUCUGGCAAAUAAGGAACUGAAUCUCCAGAGACCAAUAUUACGCCUCCUUGAGGGUUUGGGUGUGCGUCAGGCACAGCAUUUCCUGGAACGCGAAUUUCAAAACUGGAGUCAGGGACUGGAGGGCAACCCUAACAAGAUGAAGAUAAUUAACGAAAAAGCAGACUGCUGGAUGGAGCAUUGGACCGCAAAAUUCAAAGAUUACAACCGCUUUCUGAACAUUGAAACUUCAUCGCAGUGGAAACAGUCCACCUUCAACGGAUUGGAUGUCCUGAAAUUUUUCUGUUUGAUUAAAAAAGAAGAGAUCAGAAGGGCCUGCUUUAUUCCUGCUGCCCAAAAAUACAAAGUGCUCGUGCCUCAGCAGAAGUGGACUUUCAAACCAAUUUUACGCCUGGGAGAGACAUACACCAUGGCCAGAAAAUGGAAAAAGACAAGACACUGUGUUUUUGAGCCUAACUUUCCCAAUUGGAUCCAUCUGCCUCUGUCUCGUGUCAGCCUGCGUCCGUUUCACACAAACUCGUAUGAGCGCUUGGUGAGGCUCCCUACCCGAACCUACUUCAUCCCUCAGCAGUCUACAGCGGAGUACUACAGGCGAAAAUUCAAAAACAGGGCUGUAAUAACCUCACCAGCACCAUCCCACCACCCCGCUGCUCCACCACCAACUCCUGACCUAAAUCUGAACUUAUUCAACAAUUAAUACAAAGUAAUAGUUGCUAUAAGUUCAAGUAAUUUUAUACUUUUAGAAUGAAAGUAUGAAGUCAUCUUUCAAGGUUGGGAGUGUUUACUCUCCUGCAGCAUUUUGCUGACCUGAUUAAUGGACUUCACUUUUUACUUGAUUAAAUAAAGGUUAAUAAAAAA